AUGCGGUCGCAAUUACUUCGUCGUGCGCUCCGCCUGUCAACGACGUCCUUCCCUCAUGCACUGAGAUGCUCGUCGCAGGCAAAUCAAGUGGGACGUGCCGUCGCUUCUCGACCUACGCUUGGAAUCAGCAGCUACUUGACACGCAGCUUCUCCCAGUCUUCCACGAGCACAGGCGAAGACCAGACAUUGACGACGGAAUACAUAGGCGUCGUCUACAACGCCGACAACGUGAAGAAAUACAGUGCCGAGCUGAUUAUAGACGAGAACGUGAUCAGUGGUGGCGACUUUUGGACGGCGUUGGAUGCUGCGAAAGCAUACGAUGAGCUCGUUACGCUCUAUUGCGACUUGGAUACGCCUCGUAAUUUUCCUGAAGCUGACGCCGUGGAGUUUGCUCCGAAAAAUGCUGAAGACAUGGAGUGGCUUGCCCCAGAGGCAGGAAAUCGCCAUGCUGACCUGAUUCCACCCAUUCGGCAGACUUAUUUGACGAUUGACGAAGUCAAGGACGCUUUGGAACGAGAGAAGGCCAUCGACGUGUACGUUGUGGACUUGGCUGGCAAGACCAGCUUGGCCAACUACAUGGUGUUUGCCACAGGCAAGUCGCAGUCGCAUAUGCGACGCAUGGCCGACAUGUUGAUCAAGUCGAUGAAAGUAAGAGAUAUUGUGGACGAGUUUGACUAUGGAGUAGAAGGGCGCGAGUGCGAUGACUGGAUGAUUGCUGACUGCAAUAAUAUCGUGGUGCAUUUGAUGCGUGCUGACACUCGUCGAAUCAUGGCGCUGGAAGACCAUUGGGAGAACAUGGUUGACAACAAGCACAGGGUCUAUGGCGACAUGAAUGAGGACGAGUACAUGGACAAGUUUGGCACGAGCGAACUCAUGGAGUAUUUGGAAGACGAGGACCACCCGCGUGCCGAAGAGGACGGAGAAGGAUCGGGUGUCGAGUGGGAGUAA